UAUAAAUACAUGUACGUUUACACGGUAGAGUUAAAUGAUGAUGAUUGAGACAGUUUGGCUACUUGUAAACAAACAUCGAGUUAGAAGUCAGCUGAACGACCACAAGUGCCGUAUUUGCAGUAGCUUUUAAAAGGCGUUUUCAAAAUGACAAGCAUUAAUAGAAUUCACUCGGAAAGGAUUUGCGUAACACAUAACGGUAAAUUGUAUGAUGUUACAGAUUUUUCGACAAAACACCCCGGCGGUGUCGAAAUUCUAGAAAAACAUGCCGGUCAAGAUGUAACACAAUUGAUGCUGAACACUGAUUCUGCUAGUUUAGGUCAUAAACACAGCAAGACAGCUUAUAGUAUUUUAAACAAAUAUUGUAUUGGAUAUGCUGACGACGUUAAUAAAAAUGCACCUUUGCAGACAAAUUUAGAAAAUCUACGAGUAAGACAAAGCAAUUGGCAUCCAUCGUUCACUGAUGAAAAACAGGAUGAUUUAAUUGAUUGGAACAAACCAAUAUUUCAUCAAGUUGGUUUUCUGGGUGAAAACUACACUACAUGGGUGCAUCAACCAGUCGACAGGAAGUUCAGGUUGUUCAGUUCUGACUUAUUUGAGUUUUUCGGCAGUUCAAGAUGGUGGAUGGUACCAAUUUAUUGGCUGCCUAUAUCCUUAAUAGCAAUGUGGCUGUCAUAUACUUUACUUUCUCAGAGAAAUGAUUACAUAUUUAAAAUUACUGGAUAUCAGGGAAUUGAAAUUGAUAACAGUGCCUUACCAAUAAUUGUAAUAAGUGGUGUAUUGCUGUGGUCUUUGGUAGAAUAUAGUAUACAUCGUUGGGUGUUUCAUCUUAAACCUCCUGCUUGGUCACCAUUUUUGAUUCGUAUGCACUUUUUGUUCCAUGGUCAACACCAUAAGUCUCCAAUGGAUCAAACAAAGCUUGUUUUCCCCCAGAUGCCUGCCACAUUCUUGUGCAUAAAUGUAUUUACAAUUUAUUGUAUUAUCCUGCCAUUGGCUUCAGCUUUAGCCCUUUUAUCUGGUUCAAUACUGGGAUAUAUUUGUUAUGAUCUUACCCACUAUUAUUUACAUCAUGGUACUCCAACUACAGCGUAUUAUAAAUCCCUUAAAACAUACCAUAUGAAACACCAUUAUGUCAACCAAAGUGCUGGAUAUGGUAUUUCUUCCAAGUUGUGGGAUUAUCCCUUUAACACUUUAAUUAAAGAUUGAGAAGCUUUCCACCUCUCAGCAUUAAGCUAUAAAUAUGAUGAGGUCAAAACUACAGCAAUGAAGGCUUGUGAAUCAGAUUUUAUCUAUUUUGUUUCAUUUUGAUAUUGAUUAGUUGUUUUUAUUGAUUGGUAAUUUCCAUACCAUAAUAUCUUAGUUUCUAGUAUUUUACAAAAUUUAAAUUUCUUGAGCCAAAAUGUGUUUUUAUGACACAUUGCAUAGAGUAUCAAUUGUUUAUACUGUUACCCCUCAGGAAAGUCUUUUAAAAAAUAAAUGUAUGCGGUUUAUAUAUUAAUUGUUAGUCUUUAUCCCUAGAAGAUGCUACUCUGACGGGAUAGACUAGUACCAGAAAAAAAAUACAAAAUUCAUCCAGGAAAUAGAUGCUAAAAUCAAAAGGUAUAUUUUUGCAUGGUUAGGUAUUUUGUAAGAUAUUAGAACUAUGGUAUAUUGUACAGUUCUUGUCUGUCAGAUUUAGUGUCUAGACUAAGAGUUGUAAUUGCCUAAAUUUGUAUGAUUAGAAUUUUCAUUAAAUGACUUUACUAAAUAUUUGACACUAUAUGAGUAUUGCUAUACUUUUAAAGUUAUACCUGUAGAACCAGUAAUGCAAAACAAAUUGUAUUAUUUUUAUGCAUAAUAUUAUUAAUUAUCUUUUGAUUGAUAAUUUAGCCUUUUCAUAUAUAUGUAUAUAUAUUUAUAUAUGGAAUAUUUAUCUAGCCUUAACAGGUAUAUGAAAUAGUUAUGCUUUGUUUAUUUAGUAUCUUGCUUGAUAAAUUGAUUUAUACAAAUGAAAUAUGAUAUAUUGUUCAGGGGCAGAUACAGAAAAUCUUGGAAAGGGGACAGAAUAAUCAAUAAAUGUUGCCAGAGGGUGUAGUGUGGGAAAUGACUAGUCAAAAGUACAGGUAAAGAUACCAAAUGAUUUGAAAUGGGUUCUAUCCGUCCACCUAUCCUAGUUGUGUUUCCAAAGCAUAUCCCAAAAGCCACAUAAGAUAUCUUUACAAAACUUUGUUCACACAUUAGUCUAUUAUAGGGUUAGUGCUUUUAGUCCGUGGAUGACAUUGCUUUUUAAUAACUUUUUAGUUUCCAUGGAAACAUGACUUUCUUUUUGGUAUACAAUUUUAUUCCUAAGCAUAUUUCAUAAACCAUCUUUAUGAA